AGCCGAACCGCAAAGUCCAGGAAGCCGAGGCGGAAAUUGAAGCUUAACUAAAGUUGUAACUUGAAGAACAAGUUUUUGGUGAUGUUGCUAAUUAUAUACAAAAAUUAACCUCAAAUGGAUCUAUACAAUUAUAAAAUGGAUUACUUAUUUACACACAUCUAUUUAUCAAAAUACAUACCCAAAAAGCGUAUGUAUUCGCUUUGUGAAGAAGAGAGGAAACUUGAGGCUUGUUAUUUUUUAUUAUCUGUUGUUAUCCUUGUUAGCUGUGCUUAAUAUUAAAAAUGAGUUCUUAAGCCUUAACUUACAAUCCAAAGUAUACAAUAUAAUGAAAAUAAAUAAACCUACAUAAAUGUAUCAUACCAAACCGAAUAAAAAUCUAUAUCUAAUCAACUGUAUUUAAUAUAUAAAUAACUUAAGUAUGGCUAUUUAUGAACCUCUUUGUGUAUUUACAAAAUCUGUGUAAUGUUUGUAGAAGGCAUGUUGUGAAUGCUAAAAUUUGCGUGUAUGUAUAUGUACAAAACAUGAAUUUGCAAUAAAAAAAGAAACUUAAAUAACUUA